AUGGACAAUCGACAUACUGGUGCCUCCGACGUGGAAGAGGAGAGGCAUACGCUCGACUACGCCAAUGCCUCCGGCAUGGGAGAUGAGGGAGAAGCGAUCGAACAAUGGCUGCGUUUAUGUAAAGCUGUUGGAUAUUGUAUCAAACACUUGACAAAUCGAGCGUCGUCUCUACUGCGGGACGCCGCACAAGACCUGGAAGACGACAGAAAUAUGGUCAAACAAUGCCUUCGUAUAUGUGAAGCUGCAUACGAAUACUCGACAAGUCAAGAGCCACCUCAACUGCAGCGAUUUCCGGAGGGAAGCCAGGGUAGUGCAGACACCAAUAGCCUCUUUCAACAAGCCUUAAAUCCCCAUAUACGGAGUAUGGAUUCUAGGGGCAACGCUUUCUAUCGCAAAACAUUCAAGGAGGAGCUGAUUGCCGAAGGCAGUCAAGUAGUAGUUGAUACGCCGAAUCAUGAGGUCCGUUUCCAUGGGCAGCAUGGGCGUGCAAGGCAGCUAGUUGGCUUAGGGGCGACAAAGGAAGAACUUCGAGAUCUAGUCGAUCGUCAAUAUAGAUAA